GGGAGCAACAGGCCCUGUGAAAAACAACAACAAUCACUACAGCGGGGCGAGGAAUAAGAGAUGGCUCCUUGAAGCUCAACACUCCUGGGUCUUAUCGCAGAACUAAUUCCAGCCCAGCUGCUAUUUCUACCGGAGCUUUAUAUGUCGAUGGUGUCGAGCCCAUGAACUUAGCCAGUCAAAGCGGGGAUGCUGGCGGAAGCCAGCUUCUCUUCGCCAACUUCAACCAGGACAACACGUGUGUGUGUGUGUGUGUGUGUGUGUGUGUGUGUGUGUGUAGGCCGGCGGAGGAGCCCACCACAUGGGGAGGGUACCUGGGCAAGGUCCUGAUGGCGUCCACCACCUACCUACCUUCUCAGGUUACGGAAAUGUUCACCCAGGGGCGAGCCUUUGCUACCGUACGUCUGCCUUUCUGUGGACAUAAGAACAUCUGCGCCUUAGCUGUGAUUCAGAAGAUUCCUAGGUUGUUGGUGGCAGCGGCUGAUGGUUACCUGUAUCUGUACAACCUGGAUCCACAAGAGGGAGGGGAGUGCACACUUAUGAAGCAGCACAGGUUGGACGGCAGUGCUGAGCCAGGCAGUGAGAUCCUUGAGCAGUCACAUGACCGCCCACUUGUGGCCCAAACCUACAGUGCUGCUGUCACUAAAGGUUACUGUGAAGAGCAGGGAGCUGUGGGAGGGGCGGGGCUAGACGAUGACCUCAAUGACUUGCGCCUAGAGGAAGAGAACGAGCAACCGCCACUCAUCCUUGAAACUGACUGACUUAGUACCCACCAAUCAGAGGGCUCCUCUGGUGCUGCUAUGAACGUGUGACACGGGGCGGGGGCAGGAUCAGAGACGGGGGUGUUUUUAAACACCCAAAGGUGUUCGAGAGCCUGUUUGUUUCUCUGUUCACAUACAUAUCUUUUCUCCUCCCUUCCCCCCCUCCCUCUUUGGACUCCCCAUUUUUCCCUCAGUUUGCCUGCGCAGGCCAAACUUGACGCUUUGCAUGUACAUGUGCCAACUGCUAAAAACAUGCUCCAAUGUGAAAACGAGUAUCUGUGAGCGCACGUGUGUGAGUGUGUUGGACGUUUGAUGAAAGAAAACAAAUGUAGCCGUGUCUUCACUCAAGACUCACGAGACGCAAGCACUGUGUAAAAUGAAAGUGUUUGUAAGUGCUUCUCUGCCCUGGCACCGUGCUUGAGAGGGGCAUCUCUUUGCAUUGGCUUAAUAAAAUCUAUUUUCAGUUGUCGGAUCUUAA